AUGUCUUCCUCUAGACUGUUCCCACCCUCAGACGCGUCGCGUCAAAGAUCGGGAAUUCUCACGCCUAGCUCCGACGGAUCUCUGAACUCCAAACAUGGACUGCCGCCUGCUGCGACGGUGCAGAGAAAGCGCAGUGUCUCGCAUGCUAUGGAAGACUUGCUGAAGGCUGCAAUUGUUGUCAAAGCGCAUCCUACCAGCAUCCUCGCGAAGCCAUGCACACUGCAGCCGCUGAUGCUGCUCCCCCGGGAAGACCUUCCGCUGUCCUGUCUCGACCUCGGCGCACCCCAGGGCGACCUUCCCUAUAGUCGUCUUUACGAGUCCUUCGUCAAGAUCCUCGACCUCGAAGACCGAGUCGCGGAGAGGCCGAGCCUGCUCCUUGCGCGCAACGAUGCCUCCAAGUCGGUCUACGCGCUCGAACGCGCGGCAGUUUCCGGAAAAAAUCUCUAUACGGUCUGCAAGCUUGGCCCGUGGGCGGACUUGCUGGCCUUGUCUGUGAAGGCUACAGUGGUCGGGAAGCAUGUCGAGCAGAUGAGGCUUGCAGAGGAGGCGAGAGAGUCUCAGCAAGAGCAGAUUAUGCCACUUACGACGCCGGGCUUACACAGAGGCCAUAAGGAGAGGAGAUUAGCGAUCGAGGCGCUGCAGCAGUCGAUCGUGAGAAAGAGGGGCCGCUCGCAAUCCGUAUCGACAUUCGACGACACGAGGGCAGAAAAGCGGGCGAGGUCUGACGAUGAUAAUCCACGACCGCAAACGCCGAGCGGGAUGGGCCAGAUGAUCGAGCCGAAGUCUGAGCCGACGGAGUGGAUCGAGACACAUCUGGACGCAGUUGAACCCACGCCGCAGCCCGUUCCCGAGCCUAGUGCUCAGCAGACUGCUGGUGACAUUAUGGACAACAUCAGGGCACAGUAUACAGAGGCACUAUACAAGUCAAUGGGAUCUCUGGCGUACUUUGCAAAGGGACCGCUAUCUCGAGCCCGUGCCGCUUUCCACCUUGACUGUGACGGCACGAUGAAUAUGAGUGACCUUAUAGACUUUCUCAAGAGUCUUGUCAUGACAACGGUCCAGAUCGACAAAAAGUACCGCGAAGCGAUACCAGAUCUGAUUUCAAAACUGAAGACGCACGUUGACAGUUCUGAUGAUGGCAGCAAGUCGAAGCGGAAGAAGGCCAAGAGAACGAAGCUGGGCAAGGAUGGCAUGUACUCUGGCGAGGACGAGCAUGUGCGCGCCUGGUGGAACUCGAACAAGCCGGAAUUUAGCGACGAGGACGUGACUGUCACACCGGCACAGAUUAAGUCCCAUGUUUCUCUCCUUAGGACCCGUGAGACGCAGCUACAGAUGAUCUUGAUUUUGGAGAUCCUUGCACUGGAGCCUCUGCGGACAGCUGAGGUAGAGGGAGAGAGUCAGCUGCCUGGCCUCUCGAGCGAGGCGGAUGGCGAGAAGGCAGCAGAAACUCAACCCAAGAAACGCAGCAAACACAACUUCCCCGUUUUGGUGGAUGUCCACGCCGACCGACUCACCAUUUGGCAGUCCACUGCUUCUGAUGAGUUGAGACUGCUGGAGGGUUCUCAAAUAACUGCGGUUAACGGCGGAGAUACAACCCUUAGGGCGUCUGCGGACCCCCUAAAGGACUUCUGCACUGAUAUCAUUAUGCCUUUCUUCGCUGCUCGAUUGCCUGAGAUAGGCGACUCCAUAAGCCGUAAACUCGGUGGACCCGUCAUCAUUGCCCCGCCAAAACCCAAGGCGAGGCUCUCUUCGGGUAAAUCCAACACGAAACCGGGAGCUGCUGCGAAGCGUCCUUCCAAGCCCUCAUCGAAGAACAUAGAGAAGGCCCUUUUCAAGGAACAGUCGCGGCGCAGUAUUUCUAGAGGUCCCGGUAACGCUAUCGCGUUGUUGAGGUCGGCGACCUCUGCGAAUAUUCCUGGCUUCAAGCGGGAGAAUAGCGAUCUCGACCGCAAGUCGCCGAGGGACAGGACAGGUCUACUUUCCAGGAGUCAAAGCAUGACGGCCUUGGAUGACGUCAAGGUCCAGGACAGCAAGGCGCAGAAGAAGGCGCUGGUGGAAGCCGAGCUGAAGGAUGCCAUCACGGCCAUACGUAAACCCAAUCGUGACCUGGCGGGCAAGGCCAUUGUUGAGGAUGCGGCGAAGCGGGUUUCCGGGGGCCUUUCUUCGAUUAAGAAAUCCAAGAAACCGCCGACUCGGCAUCCACUAUUUGACUCGGUACAAGUCAAGGUCACGCCUGCCACACAUCGCUUCCGUGAUGCCUUGGGCGCAGAGUCACAAGGUGCCAGCAAUAUAUCCAUUCCGAUGUCGAGUAUCCCGCCAUCUAGCGCAUCAAGGAUCCCCUCUACUGGACCACGGAGAGGCCACAUUGAUGUUAUGGGCAGCACUCCUUCAUCUGCUAUACAGGCCACGCCCAUCAGGCGUGGAGGACACGAGCCCGCGAUCCUGCCUUCGUCACCCUUGAUGGCAAGGAAGCCCGCAAGAACCCAGCAUCUAAGCGUGCCAGGGAGCGUGAUCAGGACGAGAACCGAGCCAAUGCGGUCACCAUCGCCAGACGUUGGCUUACCGGCAACGCCAUGCAAACAACGGACGGUGGAUGUUUUGGGAGACGAGGUAGCGGCCACUCCAGUGCGCAAGUCACUCGCGCUGCCCCCGCCACCAGAGGAGGAGAAACCAAAGUCGAUUUAUGCACGACUUGGUUGGGAUGACGACUUUGACGACUUUUAA